CGUAACACUUCGGUAUCAACGGAACGCGAUCGCGUGCGUCUGCGCAGUCAGGGCCAAUCGGCGCCCAUUGGCGGUCGCACUUACUGUAACUUUUUAAAACAAUAGCUACUUAUUUUGUGUUUACUGUGAUUAUAUCAAAAAAUUAAAAAGAAAACCGUGUUUUUAAUCCGAAGUACCAAGACAAGAUGGCGCCUGAUACCGAAAGACGGCAGAUAAGCUUCCCCCAAUUGGAGUAUCCGAUAUUUCGCGAUGUGGCGCCAAAAUCCGCCCAGAACUGGAUCAAAGGAAAGCGUGUGCAGGACGGCGCCGAGGGUCUGUGGAGGAUACAUGACAACUUGUAUGAUUUAACUGACUUCGUGUCAGCACAUCCUGGAGGUUCCGAGUGGAUUACUGCCACUAAGGGCACAGACAUCACAGAGGCAUUUGAAACACAUCACCUAAAAGGAAUAGCAGAGACUUUAUUACCAAAAUAUUUUAUAAGAAAGACAACGAAGCCCAGAAACCAGCCAUUCACGUUUAAAGAGGAUGGAUUCUACAAGACUUUAAAAUUGAAGGUCAUGGCACAACUGCCUGUUAUGCCAAAAGAUUUAAGAAGAAAAAGUGAUUUUGUGACAGACUCCUUGCUCCUCGCUGUCAUAGUAUUAAGCCCUUUAAGCUGUUGGGGCUGGAGCGAAAGUUUCCUACUAGGAGCCACAUUAACAGUAUUGAACAGUUUCGUGCUAAGUUCCGUUAUUACUUGUGCACAUAAUUAUUUCCAUCGAAGCGAUAGUUGGAGAAUGUACUUAUUUAAUUUAGGAGGAUUAUCGUACAGUGACUGGCGGAUAUCUCAUGCGAUGUCCCAUCAUCUGCACACCAACACAGCCCAAGAUAUAGAACUGUCUAUGAUAGAACCAUUCCUGCAGUUCCUACCAUAUAAGGACAAACCUAUAUGGGCUCAAAUGGGCGCAUUCUACUACCCAAUUAUUUAUGCAAUGUCGUUAAUUACAUUGUUAAUUGCUGAACUGGUUUUCUGUGCAACGAACUAUGAAGGCAAAUCUUUAAGUUGGAAGAACUUGAUACCCUUCACGAUUCCUACCUGGAUGUACCUGAUGGGAGGUCUUCCUUUUCACUGGACUAUUGCUGUAUGGCUGGUGACGUUGGUGCCAGCCAGUUUCUUCUUCGUAUUCUUCGGGUUGACAGCUGGCCAUCACAGCCAUAGGAACUUUUUUGAAGGCGAUGUACCUAGGGACGAAAACAUCGAUUGGGGCCUCCACCAGCUGGAUGCCAUAGUCGAGAGAAUCGAUUACGCGGGCAACCAUUUUAAAUCGAUUACUCGGUUUGGUGAUCAUGCUCUGCAUCACUUAUUCCCUACGUUAGACCACGCGGAGUUGAAGGGCCUAUAUCCGACCUUUUUCGAACAUUGUGAAAAGUUCGAAUCACAAUUAAAAACGAAUACGUUCUAUGAAGCGAUAAUUAGUGCUAGCAAGCAAUUAAUAAGAAAACGCCCAAAUAAUUUUAAGGACGGCAAAAUUGUGAAAUAAGAUAUUGGUAAAUUAAUGCCCAAAUACUUACAUUUACAAUGAGGCUGACGAUGUUAAGUUAUUACUUCAUAUUUUUUGACAAAGAGAUUUUACAUGACAAAAGUUUUCAGUAAUCAAAACUUUUCAUGUACAAUAUUUACAAAAAUCUAUGUAUAUUUGUACACAGAUUAUAUGACCAAAAAUGUUUGUCACAUAAUUAUGUAUAUCGGCACGGUGCAGGGAAUGUAA